AUGUCCAACUAUCCAAGAUUUAAUGCUACUACAGGACCUUCGCCUUUUGGUGUAACUAGCACUGCAGCUAGUCCCUUUGGCGUACAAACCUCUUCGACAGCCAAUGUUGGUUUUGGUAACUUUGCCAGUACUCCAGCAACAAGUGCUCCAACAUUUGGUGGUUUUGGUUUCGGUGCACAGCAACCUUCAAAUACUACAAAACCUGCCUUUGGCUUUGGUGGAGGAGGAGCUUUUGGACAAGCCGCCUCACAACCGACAGGUUUUGGAUUUGGCCAAACGUCACAACCAGCCAGUGGAUUUGGCGGUGCAUUUGGACAAACCUCACAACCUUCGGGAUUUGGAUUUGGUCAGACAACACAACCACCGGCUGGUGGAUUUGGAUUUGGACAACAGCCACAAGCUACUAGCACCGGAUUUGGAUUUGGACAACCUGCUACCACACCGCAAACUGGUUUUGGCUUCGGCGCGUCAAAACCAAAUACAUUUGGUAGUGG